AUGUACGAUAGAUAUACCCAUCGGCUAUUGCUAGCAGUCGCACAGGAUGGUAGUGGAAGAAUCCUUCCAAUUGCAUUUGCAAUAACACCGGGGGAGUCAGCUGAUGACUGGGAUUUCUUUCUUUCUAGGUUAAGGAUGCAUGUUUGCCCCCAACCUGAUAUAUGCGUUAUAUCGGAUCGAGGCACCGGGAUAUUAGUUGCAAUUGAGCGACAGGAAAGCCUAUGGAAUUGCACACACCAUCGGUACUGCCUAAGGCACAUUGCUUCCAACUACUACAGGCAAUAUCCAUCUAAAGGUGAACGACGGCAAGUGGCCAACAUGGUUUUCCAUUCAGUUAACGAAGAGGGCUAUGACUACCUAUGUAAUAUACCUUUCGAACAGUGGACACAAGCAUACGACGGCGGCCUACGAUAUGGUCACAUGACCUCAAACUUGGCCGAAUGUAUAAAUUAUGUUCUGAAAGGAACACAUCAUUUACCGAUAACAUCAGUUGUGCGAGAGACAUAUUUUCGUUUAGCGGCACUAUUUCCGAAACAAGCAGCGAGUUAUGCAGGCCAAAUGCAGGGAGGCAAUGUAUGGUGCGCAAAGGUAUUGCAAGAAAUUAACAAAGCGAAGGCACAGGCGAACACUAUGCACACAGUGUGUCACGAUCGAGACAACUUAUGGUUUCGUGUGACAGAGUUUGGCAAACCGCACCAAGGUAUUACUGGCGGGCAAUAUCGUGUACACUUAAGAAAUAGGACUUGCGAUUGCGGGAGGUUUGACGCACUUCGUUAUCCAUGCGCUCAUGUAAUUGCAACUUGUCAAAAUCUUCGUCUGGAUCCCAUGAGCUAUGUCGACGACGUGUACAAAUUGGAAUACAUGUACAAUGUGUGGAGACACAUAUUCCCACCAGUCCCAGAUGAGCGUAAGUGGCCUUCUGUAUCGCUUGCUCCGUUUAAGCUGUUGCCAGAUAAAGAGUUGCGGCGUAAACCAAAGGGUCGACCUUGCUCAACUAGAAUACGCAACAAUAUGGAUAUCUGA